AAUGUUAUUCUGAAUUUAUAUCAAGAGGGUUAUGAUAACAACCUACGGCCAGAAUUUGGAGGGCCUCCCACUACAAUAGAAGUGAAUAUGCAGGUUCGGAGCAUGGGUCCUAUCUCUGAACUUGAUAUGUCCUAUUCUAUGGAUUCCUAUUUUCGGCAGACUUGGAUUGACCGACGCCUCUCCUUUACUGGGUUUCAGGGUGCGUUGGCUCUCUCCAAUGAAAUGCUCCAAAAGAUUUGGAAACCUGAUACAUUUGUGUACAACGGGAUAAAAGCAUAUGUACAUACAAUCACGAAACCAAACAGGUUUGUGAGAUUAUUCGCUGAUGGUAGAGUUCUUUAUUCUCAAAGACUAACAAUUAGUGCUACAUGUUUAAUGGACUUAAAGGAUUUUCCAAUGGAUAAACAGAUGUGUCCUCUUCAACUAGGAAGCUUUGGAUACGGAAUAGAGGAUAUUAAAUACGAAUGGUCAAAAGAGAACGGUGUUAACAUAGCAGCGGAUAUGAAACUUUCUCAGUUUGAUCUGAUCUCCACUUUGACUGGGAAUUCAACAACUAAACUAAAUGAUGGUUUACAUUCGACAUUGCUUGUUCACUUUCAUCUGCACAGACAUAUGGGAGAUUUUGUUAUUCAGGUUUAUGGACCGUGCAUUCUUCUAGUUGUUAUAUCUUGGGUUUCAUUUUGGUUAAACAGAGAAGCAACUUCAGAUAGGAUAUCCUUAGGUAUAACUACGGUAUUAACGAUGACAUUUCUUGGCCUUGAAGCCAGGAAGGAUCUACCCAAGGUUCCUUAUCCUACUGCUUUAGAUUAUUUUGUUUUCAUUUCAUUUUUGUACAUAUUCUUCACUGUUAUUCAGUUUGGUAUUGUUCAUCAUUUUACAAAAUACGGUUCCGGAGAGAUUUAUUCAGAUGAAUUUGAUUUGGUCGAGAAUACAGCGUUUAUGCAAGAAUUGACAACUCUAGAGGAGAACAACUCCGCACAUCAGAAUAAACAUCUAGAAAACAUACUGAGUGUACCAGAUACAAAGGGAAACUUUAAACAAGAACAACCGAGAAGAAAGAUACGAAAGAAUUGUGAUUACAAAAGGUGUCAUCUGCAAGUUAAUCCUCUGAAUUCAGUCUCCAAGAUUGAUCGUAUAUCGAGGGGAAUGUUUCCAAUAAGUUACUGCCUUAUGAAUAUAUUCUACUGGAAAAUAUAUUUAGAAAUGUAAAAUUUAGAUGAAAAAAUAAAUGUUAUAUAAUUCCAA